AUGACGUCGUACAGCCGGACAGUUGGCGGCAAGUUAACGCUCAAGGGCGGGGUCCCUCUCAAGCCAACAAAGAAGCGCAAGCACACGAAGAAACAAGCGAAAAGUCAAGAGGGUGCGACCCCGGAACAUACCUCGUCACAUUCCAGUGGUCAUACCGUUGCGAGCACUUAUGACCUGGUUAAAAUUCGCGGGUCCGGUCGCCUGUUAAGCUCGGGUACGACAUUGAUGGGUCAAGUGGGUACAAAAUUUCUCCAGGAGUUGAAAGUUGGCGACGCGCUUGUCAUACAGCAUCCCACGUCCCUCGUAGACGAGACACGCAUUGUGCGGAUGGUCCUUAGUGACGUAUCGGCUAGUGUUAGCUCAGCUUUUAGCUCGGAUUUAGUGUCGUCGACUCCUUUUUACUAUAUCCGAGCCCCCCCGGCUGAUGAAAAGCACGAGGGAGAAGAGUUGGAGGCGAGGACAAAGAAGCGCCAAAAGGAUGAGGAGACGGCGUUUGGAACGUAUGCGGGGGGUACGGAGAAAGGGGGACAAUUGACCUAUCGUGUUAAGAAAAGCGGCGCUUAUGGCGGAUACGCAAUUGUCAAGGAAGAUGCGAGUGAGGAGCGGAGUCGUGAAGAUUUGCUGGACAUCCGGGCGAAGAAGAAAGGAGAUCGACAUUGCAUGUGA